AUGCAUGAUUGUGCCAGCAAAGGAUGGCAACGAGGAGGACAGGGCCGAAUUGAAGAUGGACAACUAAGUACCCCGCCCUGGUUGGCUCUGUUUUCGGUGCUGAGCUACUUCACAGUCAAUAGCCCGGUUGUUUUUCGUUUUCACAUGAGUUGGAAGUUGAAGGAUGCCCUUGAGACGAUUGAUGAACUCGUUGUGGAGAUGAACAAUUUCCGCUUCCAACAACAUGCCGAGGCACCAAGUGUUGUUCAUCCGCAAACACACUCUCGUGUCGAUGAAUCAGAUAUUGUCGGCAGACAAGAUGACAAGGAACAAGUGGUGAAGAUAUUGCUUGAUCACAAUAACAGUAACAAUAAUAAUGUCAUGGUGCUCCCCAUAGUUGGUAUGGGGGGAAUUGGUAAGACUACCCUUGCCCAACUUGUGCACAAUGAUCGUAGGGUGAAUCAUCAUUUUGAGCUGGUAUUAUGGGUAUGUGUCUCUGACAAGCUCGUUGUCGAAGAAAUCAUCCGAUCUAUAAUAGAAGUAGCCACGAUGAAGAAGUGUGAUUUGACUCAGAUGGAGGCAAUGCAGAAGGAACUUAGUGAAGUGUUGGGCAACAAAAGGUACCUCCUAGUGUUGGAUGAUGUUUGGAAUGAAGAUAGUCAAAAGUGGGAUGAUCUGAGAUCUUUGUUAUGCCCAGAUGAUGAUGGCAGUGCACAUGCUGGCCCAGGCAGUGCUACAGUUGUGACAAGCCGCAGCAAUCAAGUUGCUUCUAUCAUGAGCACAGUUCCUCGACAUCAGAUAUCACUUCUAAAUGUGGAUCAAUCAUGGGAACUAUUUUGCAGAAUCGCAUUUGGAAGGGAAGUGGAACAGCAAGAAGAAUUUAUUUCAAUGGCUAAGAGUAUUGUUCACAAGUGUAAGGGAUUGCCUCUUGCUAUCAAGACUAUAUCAACUUUACUUCGUUCAAAGAAUCACAGUCAGUGGUUCACUAUUGCGGAUAGUGAUGUCUGGAAGAGUGACAUCCUCGCUACUGGGAUUGUACCUGCACUACAACUAAGCUAUGAUCACUUGUCAUCGGAAGCUAAACUAUGCUUUACUUUCUGUGCUAUUUUCCCCAAGGAUUCCCCAAUGGAUAAAGAUUUAUUAAUCCAACUAUGGAUGGCAAAUGACUUCAUCAUAUCAGAAAUAAAAGGCCAAGAAAUUUUCAAUGUGCUAGUUUGGAGAUGUUUCCUACAAGAUGUUGAGAUUCGGAAGAAUCUACCAUCUGCAUUUGAAGACAGGUUCAUCCAGCAACCAACUACUUGCAAGAUGCAUGAUCUAAUGCAUGAUCUUGCUGACUAUGUGAGUGGUAACGAUUGCUCCAUUCUACAAGAACCUUCAUAUCACUAG